UCUCCUCGCCGCAGACAGAUGAGAUGGAAACACUUCAAACACAAGUUGAAGUUGCUGAUGUUUCCGAGCUUUUGCAGGAUUAGUCGUUGGACAGAAACAAUUAUCUGGCGUGUAUUUGGUAUUUUGCUGAAGAUGCAGAAUCAUUUAAAUGUUCAGGUACCACCGUUUUUAAAUUAAAGCCCGUUUAAUAGCUUGGAUAUCUUGAAAGGACUGGCCAUCCGCAUAAAAUAAACAGUGGACCAGCGGAACAUCACCAGAGGUUUGUGUAUCUCCCUCUUCGAUAUGUUUCCCACCACCCUCCUCCUCGCGUCGCUCGGCGUCUUUGCGCACCUGGACACCUUUACGCACGGGUGCCAGCUCCCGACCGAGUGGCGUCCGCUGAGCGAGGGCUGCCGGGCAGAGUUGGCCGAGAUCAUCCUGUACGCCCGCGUCCUGGCGAUCCACCGGGAGCCUCUAGGCGGCGGAGCAGGGAACCUGUACAACUCUCUGCCCUUCGGGCUCGGCUAUGGGUACGAGGGCGCGGAGGAAGGCUUGCUGUACUCCGCGGAGGUGGAGCUGUUGUGCGACCAGGCCUGGGGCAGCAUGCUGGAGGUGCCUUGUGGGUCCAGGCUGAACCUUACAGGGCUGGGCUACCUGUCAUGUCAGUCCCACACCGUGAUGGAGAACUACUCCUAUUUCUUCUUCCUCAGGAUGGAUGAUAACUACAACAUCCUGCCGCACGGUGUCAACUUUCAAGAUGCCAUCUUCGCAGACACGGCUGAGAACAGGCGCACGUUUUCCAGCCUUUUCCAGUUUUCCAACUGCACCCAAGGCAACCAACCAUUCCACACCUUCAGCCCCGAGUGGGACACCCAGGAGGACAGUCGGCUGCUGUGCUCCUCGGUGCAGGCGGCGCUGUUCGAGGAGGAGGAGCGAAGUCGCGCGCUGCGGGAGCGCCUGGCGGCGGCGGAGAGGCGGAACCGGCAGCUGAAGGAGCGCGUGCGCAAGGCCAAGCGCUCGCUGAGGAGCGCCCGCAAGGCCGCGCAGGGCGCCGAGCGGGAGGCGCGGGAGCUGCAGGAGAGGCUGCGGGCCGCGGAGCGACAGGCGGGGCGCCACCUCAACGCCAUCACGCAGGAGGAAGCGCCACCGGGCCACUACACAAGCACGGCAACGCGUCACAGGAUGAAACUCUAACUGACCCUACCCGCCUGGACCUGGCAACCCCCGGACUGAACGCUUCCUCUGGAGACCGAGAGACUGCUGGGCGGUCUGUAAGCAACUGGCACAUGCUGUAUUAAUAGGCACACAUAUAAUGUAAUAUUCUCCAUAGUUUCUCAGCAUGAGAUUUUUCGUGUUUGACGUGAUCACGUUGGAUAUGCGAGCAAUGCGGAGUUACGCUAUUGGAGAGAAAAUAUUAAGUCAUUAUUCUCUGUUUUUUAAGUAACUGAAAAGUAUAAACGCAUAACAAAAAUAAACUGAACAUAAAUGACAAAAA